AUGGCGACAAGGAUAAAGAAAGGAGGGACUUCAAUCUUUGAUCUCUCGGGCACGCCUAAUUAUCAUCCUGAUAAUAGAGGUCUCCACACUUACAUCCACCCUGAAAACGUUGGUCACUGUAACAACGCCUCUUCUGGUGUUAGAACUGCUAUUCGUAGACUUUCUGGCUCGGAUUCAGGACCUGGACUUGAUGGUUACCAAUCUUUGUCAUCAAGGAACAAUGCAGAGCUCAAAAAGAGGAGCAAAUCUAAAGACAUCUUCGAGUUCGAUGAAAACAAUGCCCAGAUCUUCGGGCUGAAACUCGAUGAUGGUUACCAAUCUUUGUCAUCAAGGAACAAUGCAGAGCUCAAAAAGAGGAGCAAAUCUAAAGACAUGUUCGAGUUCGAUGAAAACAAUGCCCAGAUCUUCAGGCUGAAACUCGAUGAGGGUCCUCUUCAAACAAGGCUUUUUUUCAAUGGGUAUCACAAUUCUUUUGUUUUCUCCUUUGUGGGUAUUUCUUGUUUGUUGCUUUGGAAGUAUUUAGGUGAGUCUAAGGGUUCCGGGGUUUUGGCAAAUGGGAAUUUGAUUCCGGUUAUUUUUGGAUUUAUUGGUUUAACCAAAGUGUUUUAAUCACUUGCAAAUAUAUCGUUUGAGAAAUCUGCUUCUAAGAGGUCGGAGAAGCAAUUUAGUGCUAUUUUUGGCGUUGUGAGGUUUCUUAUAGGGAUUAUGAUUUGUUCUGGAAUUGGACCGUCGGUUUUCGAUUUCCAUUCGAUUCAGUUGAAGGGUCUUGGAGGAUUUUCUUUGCUGUUUUGGUGGGAUUCCUUGCUGGUUUUUUUGUAUGCCUGCUGGGAAGAAUGCUAGGUCCUUUUG